AUGGUGAUGUUGCUUAUCUAUCUAUCAUUUAUACAAUGCUCAUUAGAUAGUAUAGUAUUUGCAAAUGGAGAAACUACUAAUAUUGAUGUUGACAAUUCCAAAAAUACCGUAAAAUUACAAUUGCUACCCCAAGGAAAGGAAAUACUAAUGUCUCACAAUGUUUACAGAAUGAAACACAAUUCGAAACCGUUACAGUGGUCAGAUGAAUUGUCCAAAGAAGCUUAUGAUAUUCAAAAUUUAAGUGUUAAUUGUGAGAUACCUCAUAAUUAUCCUUCUGGAACAAAUUUUUUAGUUUCCAACAAAAGAUUAUCUCCACAAGAUGUGGUAGACAUUUGGUACAUGGGCAUAAUAGACUACGAUUUCUACACAUGUGGACUACGACGCAGUAAUAACAACACAUUAAAUUUCACCCAAGUUGUAUGGCAAAAAUCUAUGUACAUAGGAUGUUCAUUGGGCAGAUGUGAAAAUUCUGAGCUGUGGGUGUGUAGAUACUCUCCGGAAGGUAAUUUUCAGGGAGAAUUCUGUAAAAAUGUCAAACCAAUUGCCGAAAAAUUCGAUGAAAUCACGCCAAUAUCCAAUACGCCAUUUCAAUUCAACAUUAUCAAUGACUAUUCGGUUGAAAACUCCACAAAUGAUGAGUAA